ACGCGCGGCGGCUGGGGAGGGGAGAUACAGGCGCCACACUAACGCUCAGUGCAGUCGGUCGUUUGCUUAAACCAAAUUAGCCGGGCUCUCGUUACUAUGGUGCAGCCGGGGCUUGCAGAGUCCCAGUAAUAGCAUUUAUUAGGUCUGUUUGCCUGGAAGCAUGCCUUCCCGGAUCUGAUAAUGCCCGGGUGCAGGAGAGUGUGGGAGAUGGUAUCAAGCAUUUGAUUACACUUGCAACAGGGAUUUUUAAGGGGUAGGGCGUGGGGGGGAGGAAAGGAAAGAGAGAGGCCAACCACUGGCCCUAGCUCUCCCGGGCGCGGUCUCUGCAGCCCGCUGCGGGCUGCACAAAGGGCGGCCCCGGCCUCCCCGGGGCACGGUCGCGGGGGGGGAAGGUCGUGCUCCGGGCUCCCGCAGCUGUCAGACGUGGGUGGGGAGGAGCGAGGGCGGGCCAGCGGCCAGAGCGCAGAGUUGGGCAGCCAGAGGGGGGCCUAGCGGCGCCCGCAGCCGCCCACUGUUUGCAAACGGCCGGCUCCCGGGCAGAGGGGAUCACCGUGCAGUCGGAAGCGGGAGCAUCCGCCUGGAGCCCUGGGCACCGGGUCUGGUCCGUAAGGCUCUGAGGCAGCACACGGGCAGGUCGCAAGUGGGACUCUCGUCACCGCGGCGCUCAGCCGGGAGCUCCGGGAGGACGCGGCGCAGACGGAAGGAGCCGCCCGCCGCUGCGCCCCUUCCCUUUCGCUUUCAUUAGGGGAGACAAAUCUGCUGUCAGGCAGCCAGCUUUCCAAUUUACCGAUAAUGAUUCUUGCAUGAAAAUUGAUCGAGGGGCUCUCCACCGCCGCGCGCUCUCGCCUCCCGCUCUCCUGCUCCUGCCGGCUGCGCCCCCGCGAGUUCCUCCUCCUCCUCUCCCUCCUCCCCACCCCCUCCGUCUGAGUCAGUGGUGGGACGCCGGGCGGGGAGAUAACCAAAAAGGGGGGGAUGCUGGUAGUGAGGGGGGGAGGGGAGCCUGCCCUCACCAGCGAGCGUCCCUAGCCCAAGACUUGUUUGUCGCCGCCGCCUCUCCCAUUGACGAGGCGAAAUCUGCCCCCUCGGUACUUCUUGGCUGUUUGGGUAUUAAUUUUCUCCACCCCCCAGCACCCCUGCUGAGCGCCCCCCUCCUCCUCUCCGCACCCCGCCCCUCCUCACCCAGUAGCUAAGGGGAAACGAAAACAAAGCCGAUUUCUCCUUGGCAACCAGAUGCCCCCUCCCGCCGCCCCCCUUCCUUUUCCCUUCUGGUUCUGAACGUGAAACCCUGUUGGAAACAGGUCUCUUGACCCUCGCCCUUGACAUUCAAAUGGCUGAAUGGAGGCGAGAUUGCUGUUCGCACGUCUUAGGGGGUGCUUUUUUUCUCUCCCCUUUCCUCUCUCUCUCUCCUGUCUCUUUUUCUUUCCAAUGAGUAAUCCCUAAAGACCUUAACCCCCCAAUUUCAUCACCCUCACCGCCCCCCUUUAUUUUUCUCUCUCUUCUGCUUUCCCGCCCUCUUCCCUCCGCCAGCUCCCCCUCCUUUUUUUUUUUUUUUAAUUUGCAUCUCAAGUCCAAAAGGCAGAAAAUACACACGCGGCGAAGACGCCGGGCCGCCGUGGAGGCUCCGGCCCUUCCUUGGUCAAUUACCUCACUGUGGAUCUGCUCUGGCCGAGGUGGCUGAACCUGCCCGGGCGCUGGACGGAAAGGCAGCCUUUGAUCAUCUUGGAGAAGGAAAAGGAAAAAACACAAACUGGUUUCUACCCACGGCGCUCCGGGAAUCGCUCUUCUGCCUUUAUUUUAUUGUUUUGGACAUUUUUGAGCGCCGUGGCUUGGACGCUGGUUUUGUUUCAUUGCUGGGCUUGAUUUUUUUCUUUUUCCUCAUUUCCUUCUUCGUCCCUCUCUGGCCACUAUGGAAUUCUAACCUGAGCCAUGUUCGGACUGAAGCCGCCUCUCUAUUACUUACCAGGCAUGAGCCAUGAGCCCAAGUCCCCUUCAAUAGGGAUGCUUUCCACGGCGACCAGGACCACCGCCACCGUCAACCCCCUCACCCCCUCGCCACUCAAUGGCGCCCUGGUGCCCACCGGUAGCCCGGCCACCAGCAGUGCGCUGUCGGCCCAGGCUGCGCCAUCCUCCAGUUUUGCUGCCGCGCUGCGCAAGCUCGCCAAACAGGCAGAGGAGCCCAGAGGUUCUUCACUGAGCAGCGAGUCAUCUCCUGUGUCCUCUCCAGCCACCAACCACAGCUCUCCGGCUAGCACGCCCAAGCGAGUGCCCAUGGGCCCCAUCAUCGUCCCCCCCGGGGGUCACAGUGUUCCCAGCACUCCUCCAGUGGUCACUAUUGCCCCCACCAAAACGGUCAAUGGCGUCUGGAGGAGCGAGAGCCGCCAGGACUCCGGCUCACGAGGCGGCAGCAGCGGUCGGGAGCGUCUGCUGGUGGAGCCACCUCUAGCCCAGGAGAAGGCAGCGGGCCCCGCCAUCCCCUCCCAUCUGCUCAGCACCCCUUACCCCUUUGGCCUCUCCCCCGGCUCAGUUGUACAGGACUCCCGCUUCCAACCACUCAACCUCCAGCGGCCCGUGCACCAUGUAGUGCCCCCCAGCACGGUGACUGAGGACUACCUGAGAAGCUUCCGGCCCUACCACACUGCUGAGGACCUACGGAUGUCCUCCUUGCCUCCACUUGGCCUGGACCCAGCCACCGCCGCGGCCUACUACCACCCCAGCUACCUGGCCCCGCACCCAUUCCCGCACCCGGCCUUCAGGAUGGACGACUCCUAUUGCCUGUCAGCCUUAAGGUCUCCGUUCUACCCCAUCCCCACCCCGGGCUCCCUGCCUCCGCUGCACCCGUCGGCUAUGCACCUGCAUCUCUCUGGCGUACGGUACCCUCCUGAGCUCUCACACUCCUCCCUGGCAGCGCUACACUCGGAGCGGAUAUCCAGCCUCAGCGCAGAGAGGUUGCAAAUGGAUGAGGAGCUGAGGCGAGAGAGAGAGCGGGAGCGGGAACGUGAACGGGAACGAGAGGCUGACCGAGAAAGGGAGAAGGAGCGGGAACGGGAGCAGAGGGAGAAGGAGCGGGAGAAGGAGCUGGAGCGCGAGCGGGAGAAGGAAAGGGAGCGGGAGCUGGAGCGGCAGCGGGAGCAGCGGGCAAGGGAGAAGGAGCUGCUGGCUGCCAAGGCCUUGGAGCCCACCUUCCUGCCUGUGGCUGAGCUGCACGGACUCCGAGGUCACACCACCGAGGAGCGGCCCAAGCCCUCAGAGCAGCUCACUCCAACCCGAGCAGAGAAGCUGAAGGACGCGGGCGUGCAGGCGCCCAAGCCUGUGCAGCACCCUCUGCACCCAGUACCUGCCCCACACCACACGGUGCCCAGCCUCAUCUCCAGCCAUGGCAUCUUCUCUCUGCCUGGGAGCAGUGCAGCCACGGCCCUGCUGAUCCAGCGCACCAACGAGGAGGAGAAGUGGCUGGCGCGGCAGCGGCGCCUCCGGCAGGAGAAGGAAGACCGCCAAUCCCAGGUGUCCGAGUUCCGGCAGCAGGUCCUGGAGCAGCAUCUGGACCUGGGCCGGCCCCUGGUGCCCACAGAGGCAGAGCACAGGCCCGAGAGCACCAGGCCAGGACCAAACCGGCAUGACCAGGGCAGCCGAGAACCCCCACAGCACUUUGGUGGCCCACCACCCCUCAUCUCACCCAAGCCCCAGCACCACACCGUACCCACAGCCCUCUGGAACCCAGUAUCUCUGAUGGACAACACCCUGGAGACGCGGCGGGCUGAGAGUCAUUCUCUGCAUAGCCACCCAACUGCUUUUGAGCCCAGCCGCCAGGCCGCCGUUCCACUGGUGAAAGUGGAGCGGGUGUACUGCACAGAGAAGGCAGAGGAGCCCCGGAAGCGGGAGGCCACACCACUGGACAAAUACCAGCCGCCGCCGCCGCCGCCACCACCACCACCACGGGAGGCAGGAGGUCUGGAGCCUCAGACCUUUCCCCAUGGGCCUGGGCCUUUCCUUGCUGAACUUGAGAAGUCAACACAGACCAUCUUGGGCCAGCAGCGGCCUUCUCUUUCUCAAACAACCCCCUUCGGGGAGCUCACUGCGUCUCUGAAGUCAGGCUCACCGUACUGCCACACCACAGUGAGGGGCCCUGACCCAGCAUACAUCUAUGAUGAGUUUCUUCAGCAGCGACGGAAGCUGGUCAGCAAGCUGGACCUGGAGGAGCGCAGGCGGCGCGAGGCUCAGGAGAAAGGGUACUACUAUGACCUCGAUGACUCUUACGAUGAGAGCGAUGAGGAGGAGGUCAGGGCACAUCUCCGCUGUGUGGCUGAGCAGCCACCCCUCAAACUGGACACGUCCUCUGAGAAGCUAGAGUUCUUGCAACUUUUUGGCUUGACCACCCAACAGCAGAAGGAGGAGCUGGUGGCUCAGAAGCGCCGGAAGCGGAGGCGAAUGCUGAGAGAGAGAAGCCCGUCGCCACCUGCCGUUCAGUGCAAGCGACAGACGCCUUCUCCCAGACUGGCUCUGUCCACCCGCUACAGCCCGGAUGAGAUGAACAACAGCCCUAACUUUGAGGAGAAGAGGAAGUUCCUGACCUUCUUCAACCUGACGCACAUCAGUGCAGAGAAGAGGAAAGACAAAGAGAGGCUUGUUGAAAUGCUCCGUGCCAUGAAGCAGAGGGCACUGUCCGCAGCAGUAGCAGACUCAGUGACAACAAACUCUUCGAGGGACAGUCCUACCGUCUCCCUGAGUGAACCAGCCACACAGCCAGCUCCUUUAGAGACGGAUCAGCCUGCCGGGGUCCCUGCCUCCUUGUCAGAUGUCCCAAAGGCCGUGGAGACUGGAAGACUGGAACAGCUCCGGCCCCAAGAGCUCUUGAGAGUCCAGGAGCCAGCUCCUCCCAGCGGUGAGAAGGCCAGGCUGAGCGAGGCCCCUGGGGGCAAGAAGAACCUGAGCAUGCUUCAUUACCUCCGGGGCGCUGCGCCCAAGGACAUUCCUGUGCCGUUGUCCCACAGCAUCAACGGGAAGAGCAAGCCUUGGGAGCCCUUCAUGGCCGAAGAGUUUGCACAUCAAUUCCACGAGUCCGUACUGCAGUCCACACAGAAGGCUCUGCAGAAGCAUAAAGGGAGCUCGGCUUUGCUGUCUGCAGAGCAGAACCACAAAGUCGACACAUCAGUCCACUACAACAUUCCUGAGCUGCAGUCCUCCAGCAGAGUCCCCUUGCCCCAGCACAAUGGACAACAAGAGCCCCCGAUGGGGAGGAAGGGCCCUCCUAUGCAGGAGGUGGACCAGGACUCUGAGGAUGACAGCGAGGAGGAAGCUGAGGAAGCCCCCAGGCACCAGUGGCAAGGGAUUGAGGCGAUCUUUGAAGCUUACCAGGAACACAUAGAAGAGCAAAACCUGGAGCGGCAGGUGCUACAGACACAGUGCCGGCGGCUGGAGGCACAGAACUACAGCCUCAGCCUGACUGCAGAACAGCUCUCUCACAGCAUGGCGGAGCUUCGGAGUCAGAAACAGAAGAUGGUCUCUGAGCGGGAGCGGCUCCAGGCGGAGCUGGACCACUUGCGGAAGUGCCUUGCCUUGCCCACCAUGCACUGGCCUAGGGGCUACUUUAAGGGAUAUCCGAGGUGACGGUUUCCCUUGCACUAGGCUGAACCUAUAGUAUAGAAAUAUUAUCUAUUUUAUUACCUUGAAUAUUUAAUAUUUUUCACUGGGAGGUUUGAAGCUUACAAAUUGCAAAUUGAACGUGCCAUGCAUGAAGCGAAGGGUUCCAGGCUCAAGAGGAGAUCACCUCGACUCCAUGUCAUCGAGGCACCUGUCUCAGCUAAGACUCAGUUUCUCUUUCUGAGGUCGGUGUUAUUUCCUCUUCCCACAUCAUCCUUCUCCUCUGACACUGACGCCCACCGUGCACAUGGCUGAGGGAGAGCCAGCUGGUUGGUGGUGUUGCUGUUGCCACGGCCCUGGGGGUUAAACCUCUUCCUCCCAGGAGCAGGACUAAUGCGCUGGGAAGGCCAGGUGUGUACAAGCAAAGGGCUCCCUUCCACCAGUCCCAUCGCCUUCCUGCGCAGCCAUCAUCAUCAAAGCCACAGGUCCUGGGAGCACACAAGCUAGUCAAAGGCUUCUCCCUGGGACAGCUCUUAGGAAAAGAGGCAAACCCAUACCCAAAGUACCUUGUUUUCCUUGGGGAAGAUACGUGGAGCUGUCCACAGAGAGCCUGCCCACUGGAUUGCUACCGCCGUGUGGUGUUUUCAUACAAACGUACGUUUUGAGAGAGAAGUCAAAGGUGCUUCAGCCUUGUACUGUGUAUAUAUUAAAAAAAAAAACAAAAGUUUUGUAUGUUUUUAUUACUUUAAUUAUUGUUAUAAAAAGCCUGCCAUUUUUAAUAUGUGGUUUGGGGAAUUUUUGUUUGUUUUUCCUGUUUGGGGGUUUCCUUUGUUUUUGUUUUUUUCUGGAUUUAAAAAAAAAAAAACAAACCUUGCUUUUAGUGUUUGUACUGCUGCUGGUCAGAAUGUUAAAACGCUGAAGUUCUAGGAAAUAGGAAAGCUCGCCUGUGCAGCAUUCCACACAGCAGGGCUAAGGGGGCACCUAGGUCUGGUCAGCUGUCCAGGGCAUGGUGACCCAUGAGCAGCAGGAACUUGGCACAGCUUUGGGAGCUGAGCUCCUGAGACAGGCACAGCUCUGGCAGAGAGCUCCGCACUGGGGGAUCUCCCUUCCCAGUUUCAAGUCCUCAGUCAGGGCUGACCAACUUGAAAGAGAUCCUCUUCCUGCCAGAGCCUCUGACUGUCCUCCAUCACGGGGGGAGAGGAGGCAGAGCCUACCCUUGGCCACCAGGCUCAAUGGCUGUACAGAGCAGCUGCCUGGCAGUCUGUCCCCACCCUGCUCUACCCCCAUCCCUUGCUCUGCCUGCCAAGAGUCUUCUAGACAAGGAAGUGCCACCAGUACUGUCAGCAGUCAACAAAGCACUUUCCUCUGCCUACAGCCAGUCAGAGAUGGUCCAAAGGAGAGCAGAGGCUGCACACCCUGGGCAAAGCACUGCCCAGUUUUCCAGUUAAAUGCUGCGUGCGCUCAGUGUUCCUUUCCCAGGCUAAGAACACACCGAUGACUGGAAGCUUUUGCUAAUCUGCUUGGCAAUGGCUUCUGGGAAAGGUAGGACCCAUAACUUAAGACAUGCACAGUCUCUCCCACCGUCCCACAGGAGUUCCCCUGGCUGAGUAUACGAUCCAAAGCAAGCCAUGCCCUCCCAGGUCAGUCUGGGGCACAAGCUGAGCCGCUGACUAGCAAUGCCUAUGGCCUUUCCCUUGCCUGCCCUCCUCCAGCAUCUCCGCCUGUGGAGACCGAGUACCCCCAUGCUCAUAUGUAAAGUGACAAUCAGAACCAGGUACAAGCCAGGAAAGUGGCAGCUGACUGCCACUCAGACCAUGUGGCGCUUUUCCCAUCCCACGGUCUCAGAGCUGGACGAGGCUAAAGAGAACACAGUAGCCCCCCCUUCCAGGUACUGCACUGUCCCUGGAGAUCCCUCCGCCCUUCCCUGCUACAGAUCUGCUCUGCUCUAGGCUGGACUGUGGAAUUAGCAUGUACAUGGAAAUCCCAGUCCUUGACCAUGUCUUCCCACUCCACCUGCAAGUGAUAGAUGCCAUCUGUCCUGGGUGUCUGAUCAGACCCGCCACCAUCACAGAUGAGUGACCAAGAGGGGGGCUGUCAACACCUCGGUACAUGGUGAUCUUAAAACCACCCAACUGCACCAUCGCACCAGACUGUACCUCUGGGGCACCCAGAACAAGCCCCACCCUAAUAGUGGGGGCCACAGCCAGGCUCCCAGCACUGAGUCUCAACCAGCUAAGUUGAAUGGCAAACUCGAUGCCUCCGCCCCCACCCCUCAGCUGCCCAGGCCCCAGCAUGCAGAUGGCCUGCACAGCAGGCUCAGCACCUCUGAGGUGUGCAUUAGCCACUUACAGCAGCAGUCUGUACUCAAGUACAAAAGCUUUUACUUCACGACUUGCCGUAGCCUGUCCCCACUGUCUGAUCCAGUGCUUAACUUCAACCCUAGAGUCUGCCUUGACCCUGAGGAGGCAUCUCACUGGUUUCGUACUUGUGUGUGCCCUGUGCCUCACUGCUGGGGCCGCGCACCCAGACCCAGGCAGGAGGGAGGAUGGGUGCCUCGGUCGCUCUGGGGGCAGUUUAGAUGCUGUGAAAUUAAACCCGUUCUAAGUGUACUUGUUUGAAUUAACUGUAUUGUAAUAUUAUUUGUUGAAUGUAGUAAUUAGGUAUUUAUGAAUAUAUUGCUGUAAUUUCUGACAUCCCAAAAAUAAAAUCUUCCUAAAUCAUGUUAA